AUGUAUACCUGUACUAUACUCCGGUGGGACAUUGUUUGUGACAACUCGUGGAAACUACCGCUUUCUCAGUCCGGUCUAAUGAUUGGAGUCCUGUUAGGUAAUCUGUUUUUCGGACAACUCUCGGACAGAUAUGGUAGAAGAAUUGCAUUUACAUUUGCACCCAUUAUAUGUUUGAUAUCAUCAAUUUCCACGGCAUUUGCACCCAAUUUAAUAGUGUUUACACUAUUGACGGCACUGACCGCCCUGUGCGCGUCAGGUAUGAGCCAGGCAUCAUUUAUUAUUGGAGUUGAAUUCAUUGGAGACAAAUAUCGUGUACUUUGUGUGAAUCUCCAAGAAGUUGUAUAUUCCUCGGGAACUAUCAUAUUAUGUCUAAUGGCUUAUAAUGUGCGACAUUGGCGUGUCUUGAUAUUUCCCGAAUCGCUUCGAUGGCAGGUUUCAAAUGGACAGAUCAAUAGUGCCAUCAAAUCAUUGAGAAGAGCUGCCCAUUGGAAUGGCAUUCAAUUGAAUGAAACAGCAUUUUGUGAUAAUAAAACAUUAAGCGAUUCAACCGAUUCCUCUCAAAAGUCGUAUCACAUUCAAACCUAUGGCCCGAUGUGUCUGUUUACACACAAAACUGUCCGUUUUUGGACAAUUCAUUUAUUAUUUAUUUGGGUCAUUGACUCAUUGAUAUACUAUGGCUUAUCAUUUCAAUCACAAAAUCUCGGCAGCAAUACCUACGCAACACUAGCCUCAAUAGCAGCGGUAGAUAUACCAUCCAAUCUAUUAGUGACAGUAAUGUUACAUUAUUUUGGUCGCAAACAAGUAUUAUUUGCGUUAUCAUUGAUGGCCGGUUUGUCGUGUGUUAGUACACUCUUCAUAUCGCACGCCAGUCCACUCAUGACAGUUGUGGCCAUUUUCGGUAAAAGCAAUAUCUCGGCCUCAUAUACAUUGCUGUAUAUAUAUACGGCUGAGAUAUAUCCUACUGUCAUAAGAAGUACAUCAGUUGGCGUUUUUCAGACCUUCUCAAGGAUUGGUGGUAUCUUUGCUCCACAUCUUAUUGAACUUACAUAUUUUGGUGAAAAAGUGCCACUUAUUAUAUGCGGAGUAUUGGCACUGAUAUGCUGUUUGUUGUCAAUGAAUUUACCAGAAACUCAUAACAGAUCACUUCCUGAAACCUUUGAAGACACUGCAAGUCUACAUAAAUCUCAGAUCAAUGUCUGUGAAAAAACUCAUUUAAUAGAUGACAUCAAAAACAAAUUUUAUACGAAAGACAAUAAUAGUAUUGGCAUUUAA